CAAGUUCCUAAGUUCAAGCUUAUGACCUACCCUCCUUCGAUUAAAUGGUUAUGUUAUCAUCUCCCUAAUCUUCUUCGUUAAAUCACAAACAGGAUGGUACUUGUGGUACUUUAUCCAAUUGUUGAAGACCUUGGCCAUGUCGUUUGUGAUAUAGUCACAUUUGAUAGCUGGGUUGAAACCACUCAUGUACCACAAGAAUUUGUGAUGUUGAUCCAAGUACUGAGCAAUCUUAGCAACACUAUGCACUUGGCUAAUGUGGUGUUCAUAAACCUCCUUCCUAUAUGUCGUGGCUGCUAGAUACAUAUGCUCUAAACCUGCAUGGCUCUUGAUAUAAUUGCUCAUUAAAUGCCCGAAACACUCUCGUUUCUCAACAUUAGGGAAGACAUCCCUCAUUGCAUGUAACAACCCUUUUUGAGCAUCUAAACAAACAAGAAGGAUUGGAAGAUCCCCCAUGGCUUUCUUCAACUGCUUCAUGAACCAAGUCCAACUGUUAAGAGUCUCCGAUUGAAAAAAAAAUCCAAACGCAAUAGGAUACAUCCAACUAUGGCCAUCUACACCAGUAGCUGAAGUUAACUGCACAUUCCACCUUUCGUUUAGUGUUGUCGAUUCAACACUGAGAAAUGGCUUGGAACCCUCAUGAAAACUAGAGAUACAAGGACCUAGGGCACAACAGAAAUGACUGAAAUAGUGUAACACCUCAAAAUCUUAUUUUGGGAAUUAGGGCAAAACUCUCGGAAGAGAUGUAAUUUAAGAUGUCUUUUAAUAAUGGAUCCCUUUAUUUAUAAAGUAUAUUUCUCUAAAGUAAAUAAAUGUGUUUUCUUGCAAGAAAUUAGAUAAAAGAAUUGCUUUGAAAUAAAUCCUAAAAGAAUUAAACUAAAGUACUACCUCUAUUCUUAAAUAUUUGAUGUUGGAUAGUUCACUUUUGAACUAAAAACGUCAAGUAAAAACGGAGUGAGUAUUUCUUAAGCAAAGAUUAUAUAUUUUUAUUUUUUAUAAAUAACUAAUAAACAUUAAACUUUGAGUGUGGUUAUUCUCUUAAACAAAUAAUAUGGAAAAUAUAUUUAAUGGGGUGAUUUACUCUUUAUGAAGCAUUUACCUAAAUGGAUAAAAUAAUAAUAAAUAUAUAUACUGCAUACAUGCUGAGUUCUUCUGUUUGUGCAUUUAAACUUGAGGGGAAAUUCAAAACCAAAUUUGAAUUGAAUUUGAGACUUAGAAAUUAGAAUAGAUAAAAGAAAAGGAAAAGAAAAGAAUAAACUUACCUCUCAUCCCAGGCCCUAUAUCACCCUCUCGGCCCAGCACGUGGUCGUUCGCGCCUGGCACCGGCAGAGGACACGUUCCGUCCAGUUUCAGGUUGAUGCCACGCCAGAUCGCCGUGCGCGUCAGCGUCACACGAGCGUGUUUGUGCUACUGCUACCCCCGCGCGAGGCCAAAACGACCCUCGCCGAGAGCAGCGCGCGGCCGAGCCUUUUUCCUAUUGCCCCGCGAAGCAGGCGCUGAACUGGCCAGGCUCGGGGGCCUAUAAAUGCCGUCAUUGCCUCUCCCUCCCUCGCCGGCUCCGGCUGUCCGCAUUCCGCAAGCUAGAUCGCCAUUCCACUCCGCCUUCGGUUGGAAGCUCCGUUCCUAACCAACACAACACAACACCCUUCUGUUUGAGAGAGUCUCUUGCGUUGCGUUGGCGGUCGGUCGGUGGGUCGCGAGGAUGACGCCGGCGAGCGUGGUCGCCAUGCCCAGGAGCGUCCCGUUGGCCUUGGCGUUGGCGCCGUUCCCGGCGCCCGCUAGGGCCGAGGAGAGGAGGAACGCCCGGUCCUUCAGGCCCUCGGCGUGCGGCGCCGGGGACGACCAGAAGCCGCCGUCCAUGGCCGCGAUGCCGGCGUCGCUGCGCACCAUCCAGACCAGGAGGAAGCAGGCGGCGGCGCAGCGAGGGGUGCCGCGGGCGACGGCCACGAGCGCGGCCGGGUGCGCCGUGGCGGCUCUUGUCAAGGCCAUGGAGGCCGUCCAGGGCGCGGCGGCUGGGGGCGCCACCGAGGCCGCGCGCGGCGCCGGGGACGCCGUGGCGUGGGUCUUCAGCAAGGUUCACCUCCAGUCGCCGGACCUCGCCGUCGGGCUGCCGCUGCUCGGGAUGGUCGCCUGCUGCCUCGGCACGAUCGUGGAGGCGGCGGAAAUGGGCCGCGUGGAGGCGAAGAAGCCCGAGGCGUCGUCGGGCGACGCAGAGGCCGACCACCCCGACGGCAACGGGGACGCGGCCGCCGAGGAACCCGAGGACGACGACGACGACAUGCCGGAGCUGGUGGAAGCGGACAUCGAGAAGGAGCUGUGGGGCCAGAUCGGCAUCUUGCAUGGCGGCGGCCUAUUCGGGGACAGCUCCUACGUCCAUGAGGAACUCGACGAGGAAGAGAUCAAGGAGAUCGACAGCGCCCGCGCGCGGCGCCGGAAGGCGGCGUACGAGAGGGCCAUCGCCUCAGGCGGCGCCAACUCGCUCAUCAUGUCCAACUACGCGCAGCUCCUCUACGAGUUCGACAAGGACAUCGACAGGGCGGAGAUGUACUUCAAGCAGGCGGUGGCCGCCGAGCCAGCGGACGGGGAAGCGAUGCGGAGGUACGGCAUGUUCCUCUGGCACGCCCGCGGCGACAUUGGCGGCGCGGAGGACAUGUUUACCGGCGCCAUUGACGAGGAGCCCGAGAGCAGCCACCACCGGAGCAGCUACGCGUGGUUCCUAUGGAUGACCGGCGGCGUCGAGACCUGCCUCAUCGACACCACCGGAAAGCAGAACAAUGGCAACGACGUCGAAUGAACCGCAGCCCUUCGAUCGGAAUUCGGAAAAAAAAACAAUCAAAGAAGACAGGAAAAUACCUACUACCUUGCCACCGGCAAGUGCCCGGCGGCGGGCCGGCCAUUUAGAUGGUGCGUCUAGGUAUCGCCGUGCCGCGCAUGCUCGCCAAUGGCUAUACUUCCAUGAGCAGCAUCGGCCCUUGUAGUGGCCAGUUUUCCAGUAUACUAGUAGAUGGAUGCGCAUCAAGGAGCCAACCCAGGACCACGACCAGGAGGCAAACAAUAAUGUUUGGCAAAGAAAAGUUAGGGCAUGAUGCGAUACUAGCACUAGUAUUAUGUGGAAUAAAGCACUAGUAGAUAGUAAUGUUUUUAUAUAUAACUGCGGCGAUGUGAACAGUAAUAAUAAUAUAUGCGUGUGGGAACCAUAUAUAGUGCUUCUAUGUAUAUGGUUACAUUGCUGCUGAUAUUCUUGAGACAUACAGUGGUUUAAUUUGUACAUGCAUAGAUAUGGAU